AUGAGCCUACGCCUGGCCCCCAAUGGCCGACAAGGCCAGGCGUCCAAUGUGCUAAUCCCGGAACGGGACAAGGCACUACGCCUGUCAAGAAUAGUCUGGUUCUACGGAUCCUCGCAAUCAACCCAGCCGUCUCGGGUUCUUAUGGAACAUGGAACCAGCCCCCUGGUCGAAUUCUGCCGCGCGAAUCACUUGAAACGCGAGGCUAUCACCUCGAGUAUCGAUGCGAGGACAGUGUCGUCCACAACGGCGCCUGACGGACGAUCCCGGCUUCUCGCCCUGCUGAUGGAGGCUCAAUUUGCUGCCUCGACCUAUUCACAGGACGCCUGA